AGCGCCGGCUGUGUGCGGAGCCGGAGGCGCGGGGCAGCGAGGGGCGGCGCGUGGGUGCCGAGGUGGUACAUGCCACCCGGUACUAAGCGUCUCCGGGCACCAGGAGCGUUCUCGGCAGGACUACCAACCAGACUCCCAGAAAUCAUGCUGGUGGGAUCCCAGUCCUUCUCGCCCGGAGGACCCAAUGGCAUCAUCCGGAGCCAGUCCUUUGCGGGUUUUAGCGGCCUGCAGGAAAGGCGAUCCAGGUGUAACUCCUUCAUUGAAAAUGCCUCUGCUCUCAAGAAACCUCAGGCCAAGCUGAAGAAAAUGCAUAAUCUAGGACACAAAAAUAACAACACUCCCAAAGAGCCUCAGCCGAAGAGAGUGGAGGAGGUCUACAGGGCCCUGAAAAAUGGACUCGAUGAGUACCUGGAGUUUCACCAGACAGAGCUGGACAAGCUGACGGCUCAGUUAAAAGAUAUGAAAAGAAACUCUCGCCUGGGUGUGCUGUAUGACCUAGACAAGCAAAUUAAAACAAUUGAGCGAUACAUGCGCCGCCUGGAGUUUCACAUUAGUAAGGUAGAUGAGCUCUAUGAAGCCUAUUGUAUUCAACGGCGUCUCCAAGAUGGCGCCAACAAAAUGAAGCAAGCCUUUGCGGCGUCCCCUGCCAGCAAGGCCGCCCGGGAGAGUCUGUCAGAGAUCAACCGCAGCUACAAAGAAUACACAGAGAACAUGUGCACCAUUGAGGCGGACCUGGAGAGUCUGCUGGGAGAAUUCUCCAUCAAGAUGAAAGGUCUGGCUGGCUUUGCCCGCCUCUGUCCUGGAGAUCAAUACGAAAUAUUCAUGAAAUAUGGCCGGCAGAGGUGGAAACUGAAGGGCAAAAUAGAAGUGAACGGCAAACAGAGCUGGGAUGGCGAAGAAACGGUCUUCCUGCCCCUCAUCGUUGGGUUCAUUUCCAUCAAGGUCACAGAACUCAAAGGACUGGCAACUCAUAUCCUGGUUGGCAGCGUGACCUGUGAGACCAAAGAGCUGUUUGCAGCCCGACCCCAGGUGGUGGCUGUUGACAUCAAUGACCUUGGUACCAUCAAACUGAACCUGGAAAUCACCUGGUAUCCCUUUGACGUGGAGGACACAACCCCGUCGUCAGGCCCUGGGAACAAGACCGCUGCUCUCCAGCGGAGGAUGUCCAUGUACAGCCAGGGCACCCCAGAAACGCCUACCUUCAAAGAUCACCCCUUCUUCAGGUGGUUGCGGCUGUCUGUCUUGAGUGCCUUGCGAGACACUUUCUUUGCCACGUUGCACCACAACCACUCUGUCGGUGACCUGCCUUCCCUCAGCCUGAACCCCAAGGCCCUGCUAGAAUUCUAUUCAAACCUGCCAGAUGAUAUCUUUGAAAGUGGAAAGGCAGCAGAAGAGAAAAGGCCGCUGUCCCUCAGCUUCAGUGACCUGCAGGAUGGAGACUGUGUCUUCACCUCCAGCUCAGCCACCUCUCCCUCCAGCUCACACUCAACCCAUCCGGAGAUUACUGUCACCCCUGCCGAGCUCACCCAUGGCAGCCUGUCCUCACAAAACGAGGGCACAGAGGACAGCAGCUCAGCGUCUUCUAGGAAUUCCUUGGGUGAGGACCACGAGCCAAAGUCCCACCUAAAGAGUGAGAUGGCAGAGCCCAGGAAGCCUGGCGCGGCUGCACGGUCUGAGAGCCUGUUCCUGGAGAACAGCGUUGCAGAGGCUCUCCUACAGGAAUCAGAUGAGGCUUCUGAGCUCAAGCCCGUGGAGCUGGACACUUUUGAAGGGAACAUCACAAAGCAACUAGUGAAGAGGCUCACAUCAGCCGAGGGGCCCAUGGCCACUGAGAAGGUUUUCUUUGAAGGCUCUGUUGGCAGCGAAUCAGAAGCUGGCCGGUCCUUUCUUGAUGGCAGCCUGGAAGAUGCCUUCAAUGGACUCUUCCUUGCAUUAGACCCACACAAGGAAAAGUACAAAGAGUUCCAGGAUCUGAACCAAGAAGUCACGCGCUUGGAUGAUAUUCUCAAGUGCAAGCCAGCAGGCAGCCGCAGCAGGUCUUCCAGCCUCAGCCUGACAGUUGAGAGUGCUUUAGAAAGCUUUGAUUUCCUCAACACCUCUGACUUCGACGAAGAGGAUGGUGACGAGGUCUGCCGCGUCGGAGGAGGAGCAGACUCCGUGUUUUCAGACACUGAGACGGAGAAAAAUGGUUACAGGUCAGUUCACCCGGAAGCCAGGGGCCACCUUAGCGAAGCUCUGACCGAAGACACAGGCGUAGGGACCAGUGUGGCAGGAAGCCCACUCCCACUCACCACAGGAAACGAGAGCCUGGACAUCACCAUUGUCAAACAUCUACAGUACUGCACCCAGCUCGUGCAGCAAAUCGUCUUCUCUAGCAAAACCCCCUUCGUGGCAAGAAGUCUCUUGGAGAAGCUGUCGAGGCAGGUCCUCCUCAUGGAGAAGCUGGCGGCAGUGAGCGACGAGAACCUCGGGAACAUCACCUCUGUGGUGGAAGCCCUACCAGAAUUCCACAAAAAGCUGUCCUUGCUUUCCUUCUGGACCAAGUGCUGCAGCCCAAUUGGGGUCUACCACAGCUCCGCCGACCGCAUGAUCAAGCAGCUGGAGGCCAGCUUCGCCAGAACCAUCAACAAAGACUAUCCAGGAUUGGCAGAGCCAGUGUUUAGAACCCUGGUGUCCCAAAUCCUGGACCGAGCUGAGCCUCUGCUCUCCUCCAGCAUCUCCUCGGAAGUCAUCACUGUUUUCCAGUAUUAUAGCUUCUUUGCCAGCCAUGGUGUGAGUGACCUGGAGACAUACCUGAGCCAGCUGGCCAGGCAAGUUGCCACGGUUCAGACUCUCCAGUCACUGAGAGACGAGAAACUGCUGCAGACUAUGAGCGACCUCAGCCCCAGCAACCUCCCCGCUCAGCAGGAAGUCCUCCGGACCCUGGCCCUGCUGCUCACCAGAGAUGACAACGAGGUCAGCGAGGCUGUGACGCUCUACCUGGCAGCAGCCUCCAAAAACGAGCACUUCAGAGAAAAGGCCUUGCUCUAUUAUUGCGAAGCACUGACGAAGACCAAUCUCCAGCUACAGAAGGCAGCAUGCCUGGCCCUAAGAAGCCUGGAGGCCACCGAAAGCAUUAAAAUGCUAGUGACACUGUGUCAGUCUGACACGGAAGAGAUCAGAAACGUGGCCUCGGAAACCCUCUUAUCCCUUGAAGAACUCGAUUGUGUCCAGAUCUUGCCCCUGCCCCUCAUUCUCUCUGCACAAGAAUCGAAGUUUUUCUCCCUUGUUAUCUCCAAGACUUGA